AUCGCUUCAAAAAAUCUCAAAUGGGUGAGAAAGAUGAAACGAAAAAGGAAGGAGUGAAGAAGCCGGAGGGAGAGAAGAUGGCCGACGCCGGCGGCAAGAAAGAGGAUGGACCCAUUACUGUGGUACUGAAGCUCGAAUUGCAUUGCGAAGGUUGUGCCAGGAAAGUCAAGCGCUAUGUUCGUCAUUUCGAUGGUGUGGGAGAUGUAAAGGCCGACUUUGAAAACAACAAACUGACGGUAACGGGAAAGGUGGACCCGGCAAGCAUUCGGGAGAGACUCGAACAAAAGAUCAAAAAGAAGGUGGAGCUCGUGUCUCCCCAGCCCAAGAAAGACGGUGGUGCCGGUGCUGGUGGAGGUGGUGGAGAUAAAAAACCCGACGAAAAGUCAGACAAGAAAUCCGACGACAAAAAGAAGGAUGAUAAAAAACCCACAGAGUCUCCGGUGAGUACAGUGGUGUUGAAGAUUCGACUACACUGUGAUGGAUGCACACAUAAGAUCAAGCGGAUCAUAUCAAAGAUUGAUGGGGUAGAUUCGGUGUCUAUUGAUUCAGAAAAGGAUUUGGUGACAGUGAAAGGGAAAAUGGAUAUGAAGGACCUCAUACCCUACUUGAAAGGAAAACUAAAAAGGAGUGUAGAAGUUAUCCCGCCGGCAAAGAAAGAUGAUGGCGGAGGUGGUGAGAAGAAAGAAAAGGAUGGUGGUGAUAAGAAAGACAAAGAUGGUGGUGGUGGUGGGGAAAAGAGAGAAAAGAUGGAGGGGACAACAAAGAGAAAGGUGGUGGUGGCAACGAUGAGAAGAAAGGCGGUGAGGCCAAACCCUCUAUCAAUGGCGGAGAUGGCAACAAGGGUGGUGCUGGGGAGACCAAGGUUGAAGUGA